AUGCCACUGCCCGCGUUAGCACAGUGGGAUAGUCGCCACGUUCAUCUCAGUGCUUGGGACGCUCUUUCCAGUGGUUUUGGUCGUGACGAACCCAUUCCGCUGUGGAUCGACUGUGACCCCGGACAUGAUGACGCGUUUGCGCUGGUGCUGGGGGCGCAUCACCCUCGCCUGCGUCUCCUUGGUGUAUCCACAGUAGACGGAAACGGGAGCGUAGAAAAUACAACUCAGAACGCAGCCCGCAUCCUCAAAGCUGCGGGCGUUCUGGGUGUUCAGGUCCACGCUGGAGCUGCAGGGCCGCUUCUGCGACGACAGCAGUACUAUGACUGUCCAUCGAGUGGAGACGAAGCGGCAUCCUCGGCACCAGCACCGCAUCCGGAGCACAUUCAUGGUGCUUCUGGAAUGGAACUUGCCGAUUCCGAUGGAAUCUGGCCAGAUAGGAGCUUUGGAAACGAACUUGUGAGUCAUAAGCCCGCUGUACCGGCCAUGGCGGAAGCUAUCUGGAACGAGUAUGCCCGCUUGAAUCCGAGCGCACCGCUCACUCGGAACCAAACAGUCCAAACGCUGAAGUCAGGGUGUGCCGCUGGUGCUAUUUCCGGUACAACCAGCGAAACAGACGGUACUAAGGAUGCAUGCUCGAUAAGAAGGCGGAUAAAAGUAGUGACUUGUGGCCCUUUAACAAACGUGGCCCUACUGGUAUCGUUAUAUCGGGAGCUCAUUCCGCUAAUUGAUGUCGUUGUACUCGGUGGAGCGCUGCUUGCCGCGGGUAAUGUUUCACCUGUUGCAGAGUUCAAUAUUCGACAUGAUCCAGAAGCGUUCCAUGUAGUGGCCACGGCGGGUAUUCAGCAUGUCGUGCUGAUUCCACUAGAGGUCACCCACAGCGUUCUCGCCGGAGAACACGUUAUGCGCGCGCUACAAAGCGUUCGGUCUCCGUUUGGCAGACUCAUGACUGGAUUGCUGAACUAUUAUGGUGAGCGGUAUCGACGAGCUUUCGGGUUCGAGGCCCCUCCGUUGCACGAUCCGCUUGCUGUCGCAGCGGUGUACGGUGCAGCAAUGGGUAAGUUUGCGAUAGAGCAUCAUCGGGUGGAUGUUGAGUUGCACGAAGGCACGCUCUGUUACGGUAAAAUUGUGGUCGACGUCUGGGGUCAUACGCAACGGCCGCGGAAUGUGUAUGUCGCACUUGCGGUAGAUACCGAAUGGUUCUGGUCGGAAAUGUUGGCUGCAGUCAUACGUGCGAACGAUCCGUCACCCUUGUGA